UUUUUAUUUGCGCAAUGUUUCGGAUACUGAGAUGUUUGUUGAUUUGUUCGAUAGCGGUCAGCAUGGUCAAUAUUAGGGUGUUCACGAGGGCCAUGUCGACGGUGGCCAAGUCGUUCAGCGCUUUCGGCGUCGUCCCCGAUGUCAUCCCAGUGGCUCCAAAGGAUCUUGCUACCGUAAAGUAUCCCAGCGGAGCGGUCGUGUGCCAGGGCAACGUGCUCUCUCCCAUUAAAGCCCAGGUCAUCCCGCAAGUCAGCUGGAAAGCAAGCCCCGGCAAAUACUACACCGUCGCCAUGAUUGACCCCGACACGCCCUCCCCCGAGGUGCCUAAGUUCCGCGAAUUUAACCACUGGCUGGUCGCCAACGUGCCAGGCGACAACGUGACCGCUGGCGAAACGCUGACCACAUACUUCGGCCCCACGCCUCCGCCGGGUACUGGCCUUCACCGCUACGUGGUCUUGGUGUACCAACAAACUGGAAAGCUAUACUUCGAUGAGUCCAGACUCAUAUUCGCGGUCACACGCAUAUGGUUUUCCAUUCACAAGUUCGCGACCAAAUACGGCUUGGGUACCCCAAUUGCUGGCAACUUCUACCAGUCCGAGGUCUCACUUGGGUUAGGAAAAGUGCCCCUCAUUAAUAGUCUGCUGGGCCGUUAG